AUGCCCGCCUCAAGGGCAGUCCCGGGAGUCAAGAAUAGGCAAGGGAAGCCUAUAGGUACCGGGACUAGCUCGAACAAGAGGAAGGCAGACCGCCUUGCAAGGUUCGGCCCAGGGUCGGACCAAGGAGGUCUGCAGUACUCUCAAGCAGCUGCAGCUGAAAGGGAGGAGGCUGCAGCUGAAAGGGAGGAGGAGAAGCUCGACCCUAGAAAUAGGGUCGGGCAGUGGUGGACCCCUGAGCAGUGGAACCAGUGGGAAGAAGACUGGCGGGUCUGGCACCAGCACCGCGACUCUCGAAACAGAGUCGAGGAGGCCAAGUGGUGGGAAAAAGACCACGACGACGGCGAGGACUCCAGGCGGUGGUCGGGUGACAAGCCGCAGGAGCCAGCAAGCUACAGUAGCGGUGCUGGCUGGGCAGAGCCUUGGACCAGAGAGUGGGGGUCAAGCUGGGGAAAGGAGUGGGAGCCCUACUCGAAACAGGCUGAGGAGACUGAGGACGAGCUGAUGGAAGCGAGGCCCGAGCCGGUAGUUUUGAGGGAAGCCCGGCGAGGAAGGCGGCACCGAGCCACCAGCACUUCCUCCGAGGCCAGCCGCUCCCGCACACCACCACGGCUGGACCCGGUGCCACCUGAAGGCAUCGAGAUAGUGGGUGCGAAGAGCUCGAACUCUAGCGAGCAGCCCUCGAAAGAGGAGCAGCAGCCGAAGCCCUUGAAAAAGGGGAACUCUAGCGAGCAGCCCUCGAAAGAGGAGCAGCAGCCGAAGCCCUUGAAAAAGGGGAACAAGCAGCAGCCCAAGGGAUCUGUCGGCAAGGCAGUUCAGGGCAAGGGCAAGGCUGUUGCUGCCGAAGGUGUGCUCCAGGCGGCCAAGCUGUGCUUGGACUGGCACCAAGUCCUGCAGCUGGGGAAGGAGAACGAGAUCCGGCCGAUGUGGAGUGCUUCCGUGCGAGCACUCAAGCAAGCGGGCUGGGAAGUCUUUAUAAUCUCCUUCGUCACUCCGACUCACAACGAGGCGAGAGUGCAGGAGAUGUACAGGAUGCUGGAGGCAGCCAAUAUCCGGGACCAGGUGACUGGGGUUUGGACCUGCCCUGAAAGGGGCGGGCCAAACGGGAAAGUCGCCCUGGCAACCAGUCUUGGCUGCUCUUUGAUCCUGGACGACAAUCCAGUGAUCCUGCAGGAAGCCCUUGAAAAAGGGUUGAAGGUGUUCGCGAUCACCACGAAAAGAGAGCGGCACCAGGACCUGGCCAAGAAGCCCGGUGUGCGAGUGUUCCGAGACCUCUGUGUGGCCACGGAAGCAAUUCUGUGUCAGAUGAUAGACUGCAGAGUGGGUUUGUCCGAAGACCCCAGAAUGGGGAAAAAAGGAAGCUUCCCGACGAGCAAGCUUCAGAAAGUGAAGGCCAAGGCCAAGUGUGUGGCCAAGGCCAAAGCGAAGGCCAAAGCGACGGCCAAAGCGAAGUCUUUUGCUUCAAGGGCCCUGAAAGGGGCUCUUGCGAAGGCCAAGGCGAAGGGCCCCCUGAAAGGGGUGCUCAAGCCGACGAAGCACAACUUGAAGAAGCUGGGAAAGGAGAAAAGUUUGGCAGAGAAGGUUCAGGACCUUGCAAAAGGAGCCGACACCGCAGAGGAGGCGGUGUCGAAGGUCCAGCAGGGCCUCAGCAAGCUGGACAAGAGCAAGUUGUGGAGCCAGCACAACACCCACUUGAACAGGAACCCCGAGGCCAAAGAGAAGCAGGACAAGCUGGGGAAGAAAGACAAAGGUGCUGCUGCGACACUGUGGUUCCUUCGAGACAAGGUGCCACAGUUCGCCAACUUCUCAGAAAACAGGGAGGAGGCGACGACCUUGAGAAAGGUUGACAGGUGGUUGUCGGAGAAAGAAGCCCUGAGCAAGUGGACAGAGGCCGAGCUUGAAGCCCACUGCCAGUCGGGCAGAGUGCAGUACCGGGAAUGCCCAACCACGUGGGGGGUGUGGGAAUACCGUGACAACCACGACUUCGUCAAGGAGACCUCUGGAAGGAGGUCUCGGAACUGGUCCCGUGGCCAAGAGUUCCACCUCGAAGACGACGACGAGCAGGAAGAAGGCCUGGAGGACUUUUUCGCCUUGGACGUGGAGAAGCUUUUGGGCCUCACAGAGGGCAAAGGGAAAGGCAAGGCUCUGGCCUUGACAAAGGGUGGAAAAGCCAAAGGAAAAGGCGGCAGGAAAGGCAAAGGCCAGCAGCAGGAGGAAGGGCAGCUCGCCCUGCAGGACGGCUCGACAGCGGAGGAGAAGGACGACGACGUGCAAGCUUACUUGGGCAAGGCCAAGAAGGCAAGGGACCUGCUGUCGUGCACAUACAACAACCUCGAAGAGGCCUUGGCAAAGGCCAAGGCUUCGUCCUACUGCAGUGCCGCCUCGCAGAAGGAUGCCAAAAAAGCUUUGGCAGACCUGGACGGGCUGCUGCAGAAGACGAGUGGUGUCCUCGAAGAGAGUCUGCAAGAAGGAGGUGGUGGUGAGCCUCCUUCAGCAGGCGGCGGCCACGGUGAACCAGGCGAAAGACCUGGGGAAGGAACUCCUGGCGAUGGCUGCCAAAACACCCAGCAAGUCCUCGAAGCUGAAGUAAUCAGCUCGGGCACAGUGGCAUCCCUAGAAACAGGGUGUAAGACCACUGCCAGUGCUCUCGAAACAGAGCACAGCACUCCUUUGCUCUCGAAACAGAGCAGGACAGCCGUUGCUCUCGAAACAGAGCACAACCGUCCUCGACAAAGUUUUUUUUCGUGUCACAGCUUCGGCUUGUAG